UCUUCCUCGUUCCCGGCUCCCAGGGCCCGUCCGUCCCGGGGGAGACCCGGCGCAGCCCCACCCCGGACAGCGCGCCUCGCUCCCACGCCCCCGCCGCCGUCUCGCCGGAGCGGCCAGACUGAGUCAGCGGGGGCGCCGGGCGCGGCAGGAGCUGACAUGGACCCAACUCCUCGGGCAACCCUGGAGCGCCAACAGCUCCGCCUUCGGGAGCGGCAGAAAUUCUUUGAGGACAUUUUACAGCCAGAGACCGAGUUUGUCUUCCCUCUGUCCCACCUGCAUCUCGAGUCGCAGAGACCCCCCAUAGGUAGUAUCUCAUCCAUGGAAGUGAAUGUGGACACGCUGGAGCAAGUGGAACUUAUUGACCUCGGGGAUCAGGAUGGAGCAGACGUGUUCUUGCCUUGUGAAGAUCCUCCAGCCACCCCCCAGACGUCUGGGGUGGACCACCAUUCAGAGGAGCUGAGCCUGCCAAUGCCCAUGCUAGACAGGACCACAUCCCGCACCUCCUCUUCAUCUUCUGACUCGUCCACCAACCUGCACAGCCCAAAUCCUAGUGACGGCGGAGCAGACACGCCCUUGGCACAAUCUGACGAAGAGGAGGGUGGGGGUGUUGAAGGGGCAGAGCCUGGAGCCUGCAGCUAGCAGUGGGUCUCCACCUAUAGACUGACUGAGCUGGCUAUUCUCCGCGUGAGACCCUAGGCUCAGCCACAGCCCUCCGGAGAAGACCAGACUCUUUACUUGUAGUAGGUACCAGAGGGUGGAAAGGAGGGUGGGAUGGUGUACCUCUCUGAGAAUGAACCAUCCCCUGCUUUACUGCUAACGUUCUCCUGCUGCCACCCUCCCACCAGUUUUUGGGUUACUCUUGAGAUAGGGCUUGUAAGCGAGGAGAUGAAAGAAGAGGUAGGAUAAGAUGCCACUCCUCUCUCCCCCAAACUAUCCUGCAGCCUUCUGAUAGAGUCUCCUAAACCAGUGUCUCUAAAUGGACGUAAACUCCUUAGCACUCCCAUUGAGCUGGUACUCCAGCCAUCCUGCUUCCUUACAUCCUUUUUGGAACAGGGCACAGUAUAAAUAAUAAACAAAUAAUAAUAUACCAAC